GCUUCUCGGAGCCAGCCGGCAGCGGGACAGCGCCAUGGGGGCCGGAGGAGGGCUGGGGCUGGCGGCCGUGCUGGCGGCCGCGGUGCUGUGCGGGCCCGGGGCGCUCGCCGGGCGCGUCCUCAGCGGCCAGAAGGUGUGCUAUGGUGCCUUCAAGCAUUCGUGUUACAAGUUAGCCUAUUUCCAGGACUUGUCUAGACGCGUGGGCUUCCAGGAGGCCCGCCAGGCUUGUGAAAUCGAUGGUGGGGCUUUACUGAGCUUGGAAAGUGAAGCUGAGCAGCAGCUAAUAGAAAACAUGCUGCAAAACCUCACCAAAUCAGGCUCUGGGAUUUCUGAUGGUGACUUCUGGAUUGGGCUGUGGAGAAGUGGCGAUGGACUGGCCACUUCGAGUGCUUGCCCCGACCUCUACCAGUGGGCUGAUGGAAGUAUGUCACCAUUCAGAAAUUGGUACACAGAUGAGCCUUCCUGUGGAAGUGAAGCCUGUGUGGUGAUGUAUCAUCAGCCAACUGCAAACCCUGGUCUGGGAGGGCCAUACCUUUAUCAAUGGAACGAUGAUAGAUGCAACAUGAAGCACAAUUUUAUCUGCAAAUAUGCCCCAGAUAAUGUCUUAGAAAAAGAAUUAGGAGACAGAGCAGAGCCAGAAUACGAUAUUUUUCCAACAGUGCCAGCAGGAAAUCCUUAUGACACAAGCAAACCAGAGGAUCAGUAUCAUAUUAUUGCUACUGAAACAGGUAUAAUUCCGAAUUUAAUUUAUGUUGUAAUACCCACUAUACCACUGCUGCUGUUGAUACUGGUGGCUUUUGGGACUUGCUGUUUCCAGAUGCUUCAUAAAAGUAAAGGAAGAACAAAAACCAGUCCAAACCAGUCCACACUAUGGAUUUCAAAGACGCCUAGGAAGGACAGUAGCAUGGAGGUAUAAUGAUUUAGUGACUGAAAACAAAGCAAAAGUAACAUUUUGCAGUGAGGCUGUAUUAUAAUGUCAUCAAAGAACAUUAGCUUGGAAUGGCUUGAAAAUGCAAAGGAUCUACAAGAAUGAACAGUAAGCUCCCCCUUGAGGCAAAUGUUCAGAUCAUUUUUAUAUGAUGUUUGUUUAUUAAUUCAGAAACAAAAUAUGCCAUGCUAAAUAAAGGGUAUGUGUUUAUUUUGCUAAGAGAUGUAAGUUAGCUAGCUGUGAGCAAUGAAAUGAACAGAGCAUUUGAAGUUUUUAUGGGGAAAUAGUCACAGUGUAUGUCAGUUUUAAGACUGUUUGUAGUUAAACAAACCUCUGUUUCUUUUAGUCUCUCAUGCAUUGUAUUGUAUAGUCAAUGUACAGUAAAUGGAACUGACAAUUUUACAGUGUAACAAUUAUUUAUCUUUGCAUAAAAGUUUGAU